AUGGACACCCCUAUAGGUAAAGACCUCACGAAUUCUGUCAUCGGCAAAGUUUACAAGUUGAUCAAGAGAAUAGGAAGUGGAGCUUUUGGGGAAAUCUACCAAGUAGCCAAGGGAAAGGAGGAAUAUGCAAUGAAAUUGGAAAGAAGUGAUAAUAAGCAUCCUCAAUUGUUUUUUGAAGCUAAAUUGUAUUCAUAUUUACAAGGCUCUGAUCAUAGAAUCCCUAGAAUAUAUGCUUAAGGAACAGACGGCGAUUAUAAUUACAUCGUCAUUGAUUUGCUGGGUUAAAGUCUUGAAGACCUGUUCAACAAGCAUAAUAAAAGACUAUCUCUAAAGACUGUCUUGAUGUUAGGAGAUUAGAUGAUUUAACGAAUUGAAUUCAUCCAUCUGAAUAAAUUCCUUCAUCGCGAUAUUAAGCCUGAUAAUUUCCUCAUUGGAUUGGGCUAGAAGGCAGUUAGAAUCUACCUUUUGGAUUUCGGAUUAGCCAAACGAUAUUAAACAAAGGAAGGACAUAUCCCAUAUAGAGAGGGAAAGAGUCUAACUGGAACUGCCAGAUAUGCAUCCAUCAAUACUCACUUGGGGAUUGAGUAAUCAAGGAGGGAUGACCUAGAGUCUCUUGGUUAUGUCUUAAUGUAUUUAUUAAGAGGACAGCUUCCUUGGCAAAACAUGAAAGGAAAUAAUCAAAAGGAAAAAUAUCAAAGAAUCAUGGAGAAGAAGCUUGAAACAUCUUCUGAUGUAUUGUGUAAAGGGUUUCCUAUUGAAUUAAGUCAAUAUUUGAAUUACUGUAAACAUUUAAAAUUUGAAGAAAAACCAGAUUAUCUUUAUUUGAGAGGAUUGUUUAAGGAUGCGUUUAAAAAGAUCGGUUUUGAACUUGAUUAAAAGUAUGAUUGGAUAAAGGAUGACAAUAUGAUAAGGACUCAGUAGGAUUUGAUGAGUGCUGAAAAACAAUAGUUACAAAAACAGUUGAUUAUGACAUAACCAUUACAACAAUAACCUCCAAUACUACCAAAAGCAGCAUUGAACGGGAUAGAUUCUGAGAAGAAAAUAUCAAACACAAAUAAUUAAUAAUUAAGCACUUAAUAAUUGACAGCACAGAGAAAAACGUUGUAAUAACAAUAAAUGAAUAAGAUGUCAUCAGUUGAAAAGAAAAGAACUACUUCUUAAAACAGGUAGCACAUUCCCUCGAAGGAAAUAGUGAAGCCAGUAGCUUAAGUGUUGGCACCAAAAAUAGUCACUACUAAGGAACCUCACAGAAAAUAUUGA